AUUUAAAAAUGCUAAAGACUUAUUUUAGAACGAUUAUUUUGCAUUGCUGCGGAAAAUAAGUGCAGAUUUAAUUUAUCACGCACAACAAAGUUAUAUAAAAAUCAUUAAGAUUUAUUUGUGAUUCUUACUAAAGUAAAUUACUGCUAACGUGUCUCACUUCAAUUGACCACACGAGCAUAUAACUACUGAAUAAAUUACUACAAAUAUAGUUAGUAGCUUUAACAUUUUAUUUUUACAUAUAGAACUACCGCAUUUACCUGGAGGUACUCUGGAAAAUAACGCUAAAGUAGAAAUUUCAACUCAUGGAUAUGAAACGAUAAGAAAGUUCAUUCACCUGUUGGAUCAUAUUAAGAAACCAAAAGAAAGACUGAACUAUAUCCCUUAUGACGGAAACAAAGCCCCAAGUAUUCUACGCACAGAGUGGUACAAAAAAUGUCAAGGAUAUCUUUGUACAUAUUUUGCUUUGAAGGAUAAUAUAAGAGAAGCCAUACUGUUUCCACCCUACAGAAAAGGAAGCAAAAUGUCAGAGUUUGCCUAUCAUCUACGGAACGCAUUUGCUCAAAUAGCAAAAGUUGGAGUUAUAAAUGGAUAUGAUGCCGAAGAUCACUUAGGGUUUUUUUAUGAUAACAACAAUGCAGUCAUGCAAAAAAUAGGCAAGCUUGGUAAUUAUCAGCAAAGAAUACUAAUUGUUUAUCCAAAUCCAAUAAUACUUUUCAACAUCAGAUAUACUGAAGCCCAUUUUGUAUGGGAUUUGAAAAAUGUACUUGCUGCCGGUGAAAAUGACAUCAAAUCUUUACUUGUUCUCAACAAGGAGCUGUUGAAAGAAGAAACAGCUAUUUUUUUAAACAUUGUUGCGGCACCAAACCUUGAUAGUUUUGAGGAUUCUAAUACAUGCGGGAAAUGUCAUGUAAUGGAUGGGAAAACACUACGAAAUGACAGGACUGUCAUAGAGUUUUUUCAAGGUUGCUUAAGGCAAUAUCACAAUAACGGAAAUAGUGAGAAAACGCAGUCAAAGUUUAUAAAGAUAUUAGGCAACAUAUUUGGUUUCCUUGCAACAAGAAAGUCCAUUAAAUCUUAUGUCCCUGCUUUUGAUGGUAAACCUACAGAACAGGUCAAAACCCUGUUACUAAAUACCGACCAACUUAAGAUAUUGUAUAGUGAAGAAAAAAAGAAAUUUAUUUUCGGACAUUUUGGAUCUGGUAAAUCAUUACUAGGCCUUUACCAAAUGCAAGAACUUGCCGAAUCUGCUAAGACCAAAACAGAUAUAUUCUACAUAUCUUGGAACAUUAACAGCAUUAUUGACCACGUUAAAGUAUUCUGUCAAUCAUUUUCGAGAAACGAGUUUGUUACAACUCACAUUCUUAAUGUCAAAGAGAUAUCUACCUACCUUCAACUAAACAGCGUGCCCUCGAUAGCAUUUCUUCUUAGGGAAUUGAUACGAAACUAUCCGGAAACUGUUCUUCAUGUGGUAAUUGAUGAGUUUGACGGCGAGCAGCUCAAUCUUGCAAAUGCUAGAGAUCUUAAGGAAACGUUAAAGAGAAGGGAGUUAGAAGAUUCCUGCAUUACCAUACUAUGUCAUUCGUUGCAAAAAAAGAGGACGUGUGUAUCAGGAAUUGGUGAGACACCUCAUGAAAACUAUCAGUUUGGCGCAACUAAAGUUAAAAUAUGGGAUCUUAAAAAAUGUAUGCGAACUACAGAAAGCGUCUUUAACCUAACCAGGAAAAUAGAAAAAAAAAUCCGUGACGAAAAACAUGUAUUCCAUCAGCCAAGCCAAAGCAUACGCGUUGACAGCGGUAACCCUGAGUUAGCAGUUAAACUUUCAGAACCUGCGGAAGAGGAAACCGACUUAGACGGUGUAAGUCUGAACACAGGAUGUGUAGACGCGGUAGAUGCAGAUUCAGAUGAUGAUAAAGAAUAUAUACCCAAUACUAACUUAAAUAAAGUCGACUUUAAUGCACCAAAUGACUUCGACCGUGCUUUAGCAAGUGAACCUUCUCGCCCGAAGAUUUUUCUUCAGGGUGUAAAAACUGUGACACGAUACACCUAUCCUGAAACAAACGGCUGUGGACACAACAUUCUUGGAGAUAAGCCUGUUUAUCUUACUUUUGAAGAAGGAUUCCAAUCUAACAGAAGUGCUUCAGAACACGCAAAUGAUUUGAUUUCGAAGUUAGCUAUUAUAUUCGACAAUUCAUUCUUUCAAAAAACUUCGAGCAAAUUUGUUCUGUGCAACACGCACUUUCACUAUUGCGUGAUGAAAAAUGCUCUGAAAUUGUCAAAUUUGGAUUUUGUUGAAUUUAUUGAAUAUUCAGGCUGGCAGUUAAAAGACAAAAAGGAAAAACUGAUCACAUCUCCUUCGGAAAAUUGCUGCAUGCUGACAAAUUACCUUGGCUGCCGUGGUAAUGAGGCUGACCAAGUUGUAGUGUGUAUAGAUCCAGCCGCUUCUAAGCUUAAACACUUGGCACUUGAAUGCAUGACGAGAAGCCGCUCUGAUUUACUUAUAAUUGGGAUUGACUCUAACAGAACACCUACAUUUACAGAGCAAUGGUUACCGCAUUGGCUGCAAAAAGGGUCCAGGAGAGAGUCCUCUAUUGGUAAGAUAUUAGUUGACGUGGCACAUGCAGGUUUGCUUGUUAAGAAUACCUACAAGAGCAUUAAUCGCGGAGAAGCUUGCUUGAUCAAAGAGAAAUUCGAAAUCAACAUAGCGAGCAGACAGUACAGAGCCAAUAUAAUGAAGUUAAAACAAGAAAAGGUUAUGUGUCAAGAAACAGAAAGCUGCAAGGUUGAUUCCACUGCUUUCAAAAUGCUUCAUAGUGCAAAUGCAGUCAAAAAUCUAAGAUGCACUUACAAGAACAAGAACGAAUGUUUAUUAUCCUGGCCACCCGAAGGUUUUAAUUACAUUAUUCAGUGCAAUAACAUAACCAGCAAAGACGGUUGGUAUGAAGUCGGUCAAACUCGUGAUGGAUACCAUACAGUGACAGGAAUAAAAAAAUAUGGAGUUUAUAAAUUUUCUGUCACAGCUGUCAGUAAUGUAAACAUGUCAAGUUGUACGGAAAUUGAUUAUGUCCAUUCUGUAACACCGAUAUCAAACAUCUCAUCAUACAUUCAAACAUUAAUUGGUCAAAAGAAAACAGAUAAACUUAGAAGUGUCUUGCGAGACAAUCCAAGCAUCGUUCAUGUGAAGAAUCACGAUGGAAGAACACCGUUAAUGUGGACAGCAUAUCACACAAAUAGUUCCACCAUUGUUAAAUUGUUAAUUGAAAAUGGGAGUAACGUUUGGACAGAGGAUCAACAACAAAACAACAGUUAUCAUCUCGCAGCUAAGAAAGGACAUAGCGUGGUAUUAAAAGCGUUAUGUCGACACGACGUGACUCAUAUCAAUCGGGUAAACGAAUCCAAAAAAACUCCUUUGCAUUACGCUGCCUGGCUUGGUUAUACAAAAUGUGUGGAAGCGAUUUUGCGUCAACAAAAUGUAGAUAAGUCAAUCAAAGAUAACGAUGGCAAGACAGCUUAUGAAUUGACUGGCGAGUUUAAUAAACAAAAUCGAGAAAUGAUAAGAGAUAUAAUAGAACAGUAUGAGAGAUAAAUUAAUUAUUUAGUUAACCCUAUUCAGGUUGGGGUAUAGUAGGGGGGCGAGUGUAGUCCUUAGGGGGGCAAAAGUGCCUUACCCCCCUAACUUCCCUUGUAUUUGGUUAUAACUUAUAAAACUUGGUACGGAUGAUGUCUUUCACAUGACAAUUAAAAAACAUGCUUCGUAUGGUGACUGUCAGCAUUUUUUUUCGAGUUUGUAUAGCUUUAUGAUUUUUUGUAUAUAUUGACAAUAUUAAUUAUAUGCCAUUACAUCGUGUAUAAAAAGGAAAAUAAUAUUUUGGCACAUAUAAUUGGAGUAAUUAUAUGCUCGUAAAAAGUCAAAUAUAUAUGCACACCAGAGACAUAA